AAUAAUAUGGACGGAAACACAAGCGAACAGACCGCCCCGCUGAUAAGACAGCGAAAGAGCGUGUAUAAGUUCAGCUCUCUUACGAGAAAGUACCCUUAUGAUCUGAACAACAAGGACGAGGAGUUGAACAAGUGUCUGACAAUCGUUGAUAUUAUAUCAUAUGGUGUUGGAAGUACUGUUGGCGCCGGUGUCUUUGUGUCGAUCGGUGUGGCCAUCAAGACUGCCGCUGGCCCUGGCACCCUCAUCUCCUUCGUCUUCUCUGCCCUUGCCUGUCUCAUCUCUGCCUUUUGCUAUUCAGAGUUUGCCGCCAAGAUUCCCCUCUCUGGUUCAGCCUAUACCUUUGCCUACGUUGCCCUUGGAGAGUUUGCUGGUUGGUUCAUUGGAUGGAACUUGACAUUAGAGUACGCGAUCAGUGCAUCGGCUGUGGCUCGUGGAUGGGCUGGAUACUUCUCUCAGUUCUUCACGGUGUUUAAUGUGUCGACACCAGAGUUUGUCAGUGGAUACUCGCUAGACUCGGUGUUUGACAUUGCUCCGUUGGCACCAGUGAUCAUUAUCAUCUGUACGAUCAUCUUGGCGUUUGGCGUCAAGGAUUCGGCACGAUUCAACCUUGCGAUCACCACGCUCAACAUCAUCACCAUUAUGUUCUUUAUCAUCUUUGGCUCGUUCUACAUCAACACGGCCAACUGGAGCCCAUUCCUCCCAUUCGGCAUGAACGGUGUCUUCUCUGGAUGUUCCAAGAUCUUCUUCAGUUUUGUCGGCUUUGACUCUGUCACGACACUAUCUGGCGAGGUCAAGAACCCCAAGCGUGACCUUCCCCUUGGCAUUGUCAUCACCCUCAUCAUUGCCACCACCCUCUACUGUCUCGUAUCCCUCGUUCUCUCUGGCAUGGUCAACUACACUAUGGUCAGCGAGGGCUCACCAUUGUCUGAUGCCUUCCUUUCGUUGGCUGGAAUACACCCCGGCUUGAAGUGGGCAGCUCUGACUAUUGUGAUUGGAACACUGACUUCACUCACCGCCUCGACACUGUGUUCGUUGCUCGGUCAGCCAAGAAUCUACAUGCAGAUGGCCAAGGAUGGACUGUUCUUCAAGAAGUUCUCCCAGGUCAACAAGAAGACUCAGGUGCCAAUGUUUGGCACACUGUUCACUGGAGCAUUCGCCUCUGUCCUUGCACUCGUGCUCAGUCUCGAUCAACUAUCCAAUAUGAUCAGUAUUGGAACUUUGCUUGCAUUCACUGUUGUAUGCGCUGGUGUUGUAGUACUACGUCUUAGGGACCCUGUGACAGGAUUGGAGAAUCAUGUGAUCAAGUCACCACUGUUGUUGUUGGCUUUGUACAUCUUUGCCUCGCUGUUUGGAUGGGCUAGCUCUCGUGGAUGGGAGUAUGGAUGGCAGAUUGGAUUCUCCGUUCCAAUGCUGGUGAUCAUCGUGCUGUUGGCCAUCAGAAAGCAGGUGAACAACCCAGAUACGUUCAAGUGUCCAUUCAGCCCUGUGCUGCCGUGUCUCGGAAUCAUUGCCAACACGUACAUCAUCAUGCAUCUCGACGUCGAGUCCUUCUACCGUGUGCUGAUCUGGACGUUCGUUGGCUGCAUCAUCUACUUUGGCUACGGUAUCCGUCACAGCAAGCUGAAUGACCUUGAGGAUGAACAGGAGCCAGGUCCCGCCAUCAAU